AUGGCUGCAACGGCGCAACUAUUAUUCGACGAAUUCGGGCAACCGUUUAUCGUCAUGCGUGAUCAGGAGAAACAGAAGCGACUUACUGGAAUUGAGGCUCUUAAAAGCCACAUUCUUGCCGCUCGUGCUGUAGCGAACACACUACGUACUUCACUUGGGCCACGGGGUCUCGAUAAGAUGCUGGUUUCCCCAGAUGGGGAAGUCACUAUCACAAAUGAUGGGGCAACGAUAAUGGAGAAAAUGGAUGUGCAACACCACGUGGCGAAAUUGAUGGUUGAGCUCAGUAAAUCCCAGGAUGCUGAAAUUGGUGAUGGUACUACUGGCGUUGUAGUUCUUGCUGGCGCUCUUCUCGAAGAAGCCGAACGAUUGUUGGACCGUGGAAUCCAUCCAAUAAAAAUUGCCGACGGUUUCGAUCUAGCAUGCAAGAAGGCACUACAAACUCUCGACAGCAUAGCCGACAAAUUCCCUGUGGCUGACAGAGAACGCUUAGUGGAAACUGCACAGACGUCUUUAGGGAGCAAAAUAGUGAACAAAUGCAUACGACAAUUUGCUGAGAUAGCUGUUGAUGCCGUACUGUCGGUGGCGGACCUUGACACGCGAGAUGUAAAUUUUGAGUUGAUCAAGGUGGAAGGGAAGGUUGGUGGACACCUGGAAGACACAGUGCUGGUGAAAGGAAUCGUGAUCGAUAAGACGAUGUCGCAUCCGCAAAUGCCAAAGGAAUUGAAGGAUGUGAAGGUUGCUAUUCUCACCUGUCCAUUCGAACCCCCGAAGCCAAAAACCAAGCAUAAGCUCGACAUCACAUCCUCGGAUGACUUCAAGGCAUUGCGUGACUAUGAGAAGGAGACGUUCGAAACCAUGAUAAAACAGGUUAAAGAUAGUGGCGCAACUUUGGCUAUCUGUCAAUGGGGCUUUGAUGAUGAAGCAAAUCAUCUUCUACACCACCAUGAACUUCCUGCUGUUCGAUGGGUAGGAGGUCCAGAAAUUGAGCUUCUCGCUAUCGCGACAAACGGACGCAUUGUGCCAAGAUUCUCGGAGCUGACUCCGUCUAAACUUGGUUCUGCCGGUCUCGUCCGUGAGAUCACUUUCGGAACCGCGCGCGAUCGUAUGCUAUCCAUCGAAGAAUGUCCCAACAGCAAAGCAGUGACCAUUUUCGUGAGAGGCGGGAACAAAAUGAUUAUUGACGAAGCUAAGCGUUCGCUGCACGAUGCGCUUUGCGUUAUUCGAAACUUGGUUCGCGACGAUCGCAUCGUUUACGGAGGUGGCUCUGCCGAAACCGCUUGUGCAAUCGAAGUUGCCAAAGAAGCUGAUAAGAUCGAAGGAGUGGAGCAAUACGCUUUCCGUGCGUUCGCAGAUGCCUUGGAAGCAAUUCCAAUGGCAUUAGCCGAGAACAGCGGACUGGGCCCCAUCGACGCAAUUACCGAUUUGAAGGCGAAACAAAUCGAAACUGGUAAAGCGUAUCUAGGGAUUGAUGCACUUUUCUGUGGUACAAAUGACAUGAAAGAACAGAAAGUCGUUGAGACGCUCGUCUCGAAGAGAGAGCAGAUCUCGCUAGCAACGCAGGUUGUUCGUAUGGUACUCAAAAUUGACGACGUUCGAGUUCCGGACGAUGAACACCAGUCUCCUUAUUGA